AUGGUUUCUGUGUGCCGUUUCUGUGCCCGUUGGGCUGAAGGUGUUGUGCGGGUGGAUGACAUUCUGUUCGACAAUUUACAGAAUGCGAAGGAUACGAUCAAGCAAAUGCUUAACUACGAUUUGUCAAGCGAAUCUUCCUUUCCGGAUCAGGUUUGUCCCGAAUGUGUAUCGUUUCUGCAAUCAUGUUACGUUUUCCGCGAGCAGUUAAAGAACGCAGAGAACGUGUUCCAGAUGCUGCAGGAACGCGGUGAAUUGGCUCAACGUUUAUCGGAAAUGAAGAACGCUGGUGAUGUACUCUAUUUCGAAGAGAUGUUGCUAGAAGAACCGGUUACUGAACCGCGUCAGGACGAUGCACAAGAAAAUGUGGAAUCGGGUAAUGGUAAUGUGACUGGCGAAAGUUUGAGGGAAGAAAUUGAUGUCGCUGUGGAUCAAGAAAACAACAUGGCCGCCGAAUCUUCGGAGCGUAUAAUUGAAGUAGGCAUCGACGCUAUUGAAGAGCUGGAAAUUACCAGCAAUCCCAUGGAAUCAUCCCAAGUGACCAUGACACCAUCAGAGGAAUUGAACACUUUCGCGGAUGAAAAUCAACCACCAGCAUCAGCAGAACCACGCCCAAGCCAUAGCGUGACGCAGGAACUUGCGGGUGAGUUAUCCCAUCAACCGAUGGUUGAAACUUUGCCAUCGGGACAGACGAGCCAUGUUGCCGCGAAACGCAACAUAUGCUACGUAUGCUUUACAAUAUGCCAUACUGAGGCAGAACUAAUGGCGCAUCUGCUCGGGCACAACGACUUACUGCCCUUUUGCUGUCAAGCAUGCAGCACCGACGAUUGUUUGGUUGAGUUUGGUACAAACCAGGCAAUGAACAACCAUCUGGAGUCACACUACAAUCCAUACGAGUGCUCCAAUUGCCAUACACGCUUCGUCACCAAAUGCAAACUCGACGACCACAAACGCAUGGCACAUCUGAACAAUGACUUGUACGACUGCAAACGGUGUGGUAUCAAAUUCCAUGAACUACGCAAAUAUCGUCUCCACAUGAUCGAUCAUCGUAACAUGGUCACGGGACGCUAUCAGCCACACACGUCCAAAACCUACUACCAGUGUAAGUACUGUAAGUGUGGCUUUAAAUACAAAGCCAAUUAUAGGAUGCAUAUGAAGCAUCAUCAGCAAACGAAAUAUCUUUUUCGAUGUACGGAAGCGUGGUGCGAUGAUUAUUUUGUCACCUAUCAGGAAUGGUGCCUACACUUGAAAACACACUUUCCGAAAGGAUCGCUACAAUUUACGAUUGAAACAUUGCCAGCAUCGCUGCAAAAUCCUACCGUCUACCCGUUAGCAUGUCCGGAACCGGACUGUGCGUACGUAGCACCAGCACUGCUGCAAAUGUAUUCCCACUUUUACAUGCAUAUGACAUGGCUCCAAUGCCGACGUUGCGAUAAUGUGUUCAAUAAUAUGUCGGAGUUGCGUUCGCAUGUGCAACUUUUUCACGAAACUCGUGUUCGUUAA